UCUACUGCUCUAUUCGUUGGAACUUGGAUUUGUUGUGGUGGUCUGGUAUUGAGUUGGUGGAUUGUAUACUCAAACAUAUUAUUUUGUUUAAUAUUGUACUAUUUCAAUUUUGAAAGUGUUGUCCAAGUUUCUUUGCACUUCGUGAACAAUUGUGUGUGUCUAAAAAGGGUUUACAGAACAUAAGUGCAUUUUGUACUCUAAAACAGUAUAAAACUGAAUGAAAUGGAUAAACAUUUGAAAUUGUUAAUUUAUUCUGGGGGAAUUUUUAUUUGUUAUUUUUAUUAUGGACUUGUGCAGGAAAGAAUAACGAGAGGGGUGUAUGGAAAAACACCUGAGACUCAGGAAAAAUUCAAAUGUAUCCUAGCUUUAGUGUUUGUUCAAUGUGUUGUGAAUUGGAUGUAUGCACAUUUCCUUUUAAAAACCUUCAUGAAGCAAGGUGAAAAUUUAACUUCUACAUUUUAUUUGUGUUCAUCUGCAUUAACAUAUUUUUUGGCAAUGGUGUGCAGUAACAUGGCAUUGCAGUGGGUAAGUUAUCCAACUCAAGUCAUUGGAAAAUCUGGUAAACCUAUACCAGUAAUGAUUUUGGGUGUACUGCUAGGGAAAAAAUCUUACCCAGUACAAAAAUACUUUUUUGUGCUUUUAGUAGUUAUCGGUGUUGCACUUUUUAUGUUCAAAGAUGGUCAGUCAUCUGCUACUUCAGCAGACUCGGUUGGCAUUGGUGAAAUGUUGCUUGUUCUUUCACUAACAAUGGAUGGCAUUACAGCUGCCAUUCAAGAGAGAAUGAGAUCAGAGUAUAAAACAAAAUCUCUUCAUAUGAUGUCAAGUGUUAAUAAAUGGUCUAUUAUUUUUCUUGGCAUUGCUAUUGCAUAUACAGGAGAAAUAUUUGAUUUCAUAAGUUUUGUUCAGAGACAUCCUAGUGUUAUUUGGGAACUCAUCUCUUUCUCAUUUGCCAGUGCACAAGGACAAUUGUUCAUAUUUUUAAUGGUGGAACAUUUUGGACCUUUGCCAUGUUCUAUAGUUACUACAACAAGAAAGUUUUUUACAGUGUUUGGAUCUAUAAUAUUUUUUGGAAAUUCAAUGACAUCAAGACAAUGGAUAGCCACGUUUAUCGUGUUUACUGGACUUCUGCUAGAUAGCUUGUAUGGGAAAAAAGCACCAGCAAAGGUUGUAAAUAAAUCAUAGAAUCAAUAUAUAAAUUGUGAUCAUAUUUUACUAUGCUACUAAAUUUAGGCCAUGGAUGGUUAAAAAAGGACAGGGGUCUAAUAAAAUAAAAUUUAUACAUUAGGCUACUCUAAGACUUCGUACAAUGUACUAUGAAAACUGUGCUAGAUCUACUUAAUAGCGUCAUUUAAAUGUAUGAUUACAUUCCAUUAUAAUAGCCUAUAUAAUACUGUAACAGUAAAUAAAGUUUCUGAUAGUUAAUAGGAAAUAAUUGUCAAGUAAUUAAUAUAUUUUUAUUAAAAGUAACUUAGCCACUUGUUAAAUAGUUAUAGUCUAAGGUAACUUAAUUAACCAGUGUGAUUGUAAAUUUAGUAAUUUUAGGAUUAUAUAUUCAGUUCCUUUUAUUAGAAGUUCAGUUUAUGUAAAAGCAGCAGUCAAGAUUUCUUGUAUUUGCAGCCAAUUGGUCCUCUUGCAGAGGUUCCAAGCAUUUUAAUUUUACAUAUACAGUAAAUAUAUUUAAAUCCUAUUGUGUUCAUUAUUAUGAUUAGGAAUGUUAUGGGAAAAUUCAAUUAAUGAUAAUAAAAAAAUGGUUUGGUUUCAAU